GCGGCCGCCCCUUCCGAGGGCCGCGGGGCACCGGGCGCCCUCGCGACUCUCCCGGGCGACUAGCGGGCUCCACACAGCCCGGAGUCCGCACGGCGGGCGCUUCACCUAGGCGCGCGGUGAGCGUAGUAAAUGGCGUUGCCCGCGGCCUGCCCUACUUGAGAGGACCGUCGUCCAGCACGCAGGAAAAGGCUGGUUUUGAAGGUUGGAGGAUUUGACAGAUCGGAAGAGUGAGUGAUCCAUUUCACUAACGUUUUGACUUCUUGCCGCAGAGAUGUCAGCUUAUUUAUAGGACUCACCCAAAGCCAGAGUCAUGGUGGAUGUAGGAAAGUGGCCAAUCUUCACUCUGCUCUCGCCCCAGGAAACUGCAUCUAUCAGGAAAGCAUGUGUCUUUGGGACCUCGGCUAACGAGGCGAUCUAUGUCACUGACAAUGAUGAGGUCUUCGUGUUUGGACUGAACUACAGUAACUGUCUAGGAACUGGCGAUAACCAGAGCACUCUGGUGCCCAAGAAACUAGAAGCUCUGUGUGGAAAAAAGAUCAAAAGCCUUAGCUACGGGAGCGGCCCCCAUGUCCUCCUCAGCACUGAAGAUGGAGUCGUCUACGCCUGGGGCCAUAAUGGAUACAGCCAGCUGGGGAAUGGGACCACCAACCAAGGCAUCGCUCCUGUCCAAGUCUGCACUAAUCUCCUGGUCAAGCAGGUGGUUGAGGUAGCUUGUGGUUCACAUCAUUCCAUGGCUCUGGCAGCUGACGGAGAGCUCUUUGCUUGGGGCUAUAACAACUGUGGUCAGGUGGGAUCAGGAUCUACAGCCAACCAGCCAACUCCUCGCAAAGUAACAAACUGUCUACAUACCAAGAGAGUGGUCAGCAUUGCUUGUGGUCAGACGUCAUCCAUGGCUGUUCUGGACAGUGGUGAGGUGUAUGGCUGGGGCUACAAUGGCAAUGGACAGCUGGGCUUGGGAAACAAUGGCAACCAGUUGACCCCAGUGAGAGUGGCAGCUCUGCACAGCGUGUGUGUGAACCAGAUUGUCUGCGGCUAUGCACAUACACUAGCACUAACAGAUGAGGGCUUGCUCUAUGCCUGGGGAGCUAACACAUAUGGGCAGCUGGGAACUGGAAGUAAAAAUAACCUGCUAAGCCCAGCACAAAUCAUGGUGGAAAAAGAAAGGGUCAUAGAGAUUGCAGCCUGUCAUUCCACCCACACAUCUGCUGCGAAGACCCAGGGCGGGCAUGUAUACAUGUGGGGCCAGUGCCGGGGCCAGUCCGUGAUCCUGCCACACCUCACCCACUUCUCCUGCACCGAUGAUGUGUUUGCCUGCUUUGGCACCCCGGCCGUCUCGUGGCGCCUCCUGUCUGUGGAGCAUGAAGACUUUUUAACAGUCGCAGAGUCACUGAAGAAAGAAUUUGACAGCCCAGAAACUGCUGAUCUCAAGUUUCGAAUUGACGGGAAAUAUAUUCAUGUCCAUAAAGCUGUUUUGAAAAUCAGGUGUGAGCACUUUCGAUCCAUGUUUCAGUCCUAUUGGAAUGAGGACAUGAAGGAGGUGAUAGAAAUAGACCAGUUUUCUUACCCUGUAUACCGUGCCUUUCUCCAGUACCUCUACACAGACACAGUGGAUCUGCCCCCUGAGGAUGCCAUAGGCCUCCUGGACUUGGCGACAUCAUACUGUGAAAACAGACUGAAGAGGCUUUGUCAGCAUAUCAUCAAGCGAGGAAUUACUGUGGAGAACGCUUUUUCAUUGUUCUCAGCUGCAGUCAGAUAUGACGCAGAGGAUUUAGAAGAAUUCUGCUUUAAGUUUUGCAUCAAUCAUUUGACAGAAGUUACCCAGACGGCGGCGUUCUGGCAGAUGGAUGGCCCCCUGCUAAAGGAGUUCAUUGCUAAAGCCAGUAAAUGUGGAGCUUUUAAGAACUGAAGCCAAGGCCGUUGGCUUAGGUGUGAGUGCACAGGGCCCUGUGGGUGA